UUUGAUCGAUCGAGACGCGUUUAGUUAGCAGCGAUUCCGAUUGCUCGUUAGCAGGAAUCAAAACAAGGAUGCUGCGCGUCUGCUUCCUCUCCGACUUCCGGCACGAUCGGUAAUCACGCAGAGGGUGGUCGUUAUUCGUCGGCGAUCACAUCUUCUCCGGUAGAAUGGUGCGGUCUGAGGAAGUGCAAGUACGCGAAGUCGCACGUACAUUACUCGCUUUGCAACACCCAAAGGCUGCUCAACAAGAUUCAAUAUCUGAAGAGAAGCAUCCAAGACUUGGAAACCGCCCAACGACAAAUCAGUCCGGAAAUUCUUGGAAAAAAGAAUGUCCUCUCCCAAACGCAAGACCUCUCGCAUACGGAGCUGGGAAACGUUCAAGAGGUAGUGAACAAAUGUAUCAUGGAGAUGACUAGGUUGAAGAAGUUUUUGGACGACGAAAAUUGUUGGUGGGAACUCUUCAAGCAGCGGGAGUUCACCUGUUGCGAACAGAAGUUACCACAUCUGCACGGAUUUUUGGAUGGAACUAUGGUCACAUUGAAAAUGAUAGAGGAACAGCAGUGCAGGACUUCAACCCCGCUGAAAUCGAAAUCUUUGACAAGUUUGGAUUGUAAAUCACUCAGUCAGAAGAGAUUGUACACGGAGCUGGAUAUGGAUAAGGGCGAAGAAAUUCCGAAAUCAUAUAGAGACUGUUCUAUUAAUACUACUCGAAGCAUAGAAUCUGAUUAUGUGAAAACUCUUAAGCCUUGCCCAGAACAUUGCCCUAGACCUUGCAAAAUGCACAGACUAAGUUCUUUAGGAACUCCGAGAGAGGACUCAAAAAUCGAUCAAACAGAUGAUUUAGAUGACAAAAAUGGGUCAAUGGAAGAUAAAGAUAAAAAAUCACCUGAAAGGGUAUCUGAAGAUGUACCUGAAGAGACACCUGGAACGAAAUCCGAAGAGAAACCUGGAACGACAAGACCGAGAAGUUUAGCGCCAUUACCCGGAGAUACUUGGUUCACGAAGAGUGCCCUGGAUGUGUCAAAGGAUGAAAGGCCGUCAAUUACAUUUGGCAGCGAGAACAUGGCAAAGAAAGCAAUCAUACAAGCCGAUAUAAGCACUUCGAUGGAUUUACUACCUGAUAUGCCGUACAAGAGAAUGAGACCAUCGGAGGAUAUAAGGAGCAUAAUCGAAAAAAGUUUGCCAUUGACUCAAAGAAGAUCAGCUUCGAGGAAUAGCAAGCCAAGAAUAAAAAAACAGAUUCAACAGAUGGCAACAGAUGGGGCGAGAUAA